UGCUCUCCCUAGUCCCUCCUCCUCCUCCUACUUUGAUUCAUGAUUGGUCGGAGAUAAAAUAGAGUAUGGUUUUACAACUUGUUAAGAAGAUGCAGGAGUAGGAGCAGGAGUAGGAGUAGUAAUAAUAAACACUCUCUCUCAUCAGCGUUAGUGUUAGCGAGGGUGUUGUGGUGGUACAAUACAAAUUACCAACAAAUGUUGUGUUGUUCUUCUAGACGUCCUGUCCUGUCCUGUGCUGUCCUUCCUUGGCUUCGGAUUCUCUCCUCUCCUCUCCUUUCUCUUCACUGCGGCGAAUGAAACGCAAGCAACAACUUCUUCUUCCCUUCCUACCUAUCUAUCUAUCUAUCUAAAUUAUCCUGGCUGGGCUGGGCUGGGCUGGGCUGGGCUAGAUUAGGGUGGCCCUACCCUCCUUCCCUCCCUUCCUACCAACCUUCCCCUCGAAAAGUGCAAUCUUUGUUCUCACCCUCCCUAUCUACCAAACAAACGCUUCUUUACUUCCUAUUUCGUCCUCCGCCCGCCGCCCCCUAUUCCAUAUCCAAUCCAAUCCAAUCCGAUUGAUCGAUUAUCUCAAACGCCAACAACAAGGAAACUCCCUGCCCCGUACUCUUCCCAGGCGGUCAGGUCAGUGCACCCCGCCUUUCUUUCUUCCUUUCUUUCGUUUCUGAUAGUUUUCCCUAAUUCCCCUAACCUAAUAAUAUCAAUCAUCUAUCUGAAUCCGAUCCCUCGAAAUAUCAUCAUCACCAUCAUCAUCAUCGCCGCCGUGCCAUAGAUAUCCCCAGCCUCAGCCUCAUCAACCUCAAUGCCAAUGUCGUCAACUCCGCCGCUGGCUCUCUUUUUCGCCGCUUAUUUCAUCCUCUACCUCACUGCAUAUUUCGUUAUUUUCCGCAACUGGAACCGAAAGCUCCGCCCCGAGGCUGCCAGCUGCGCUAUUUCUCUGGCUCACGGCACUCCCGCUGCCUUCCUGGCCUUUCGUGCCAUCAUGGCGGACCCCGCCCGGGAUUUCCACUCCCCCAACACCCCCUUCCAAACCCUCCUCCUUGACUACAGCAUUGCUUAUUUCCUCAUGGAUCUGCUUCACUACUUAAUUUUUUACCCGCGGGAUGUCCUCUUCAUCGGCCAUCACCUCGCCACUCUCUUCGUCUUCCUGACCUGCCGCUACCUGGUUUAUCAUGGGGCGUUCGCCAUCCUCGUGCUUCUGAUCCUGGCGGAGGUGACGAGCCUUUGCCAAAAUGUGUGGACUCUGGCCGGUGCGAGGAGGGCGGAUUCGAAAUUUGCUGCCAAAGUGUACUAUCUGCUGUCUCCCCCGUUUUACGCCUUGUACACCGUGGUGCGUGGAUUUCUGGGGCCUUAUUUUGUGUAUCGAAUGUUUGCGUUCUACUCGAGCGGGGCAGCUGAGAGUGUGAUACCGUCGUGGGUUUGGAUUUCAUGGAUUUUUGUGGUUGUUGUGGCCAUUUCGGUUAGUGCGCUGUGGAUAUCUAAUCUUUGGAUGGAGCUGCAUAAACAGACGAGGACGAGGAAUGAUGUCGGAAAGAAAGUUAGUUAGGUAGGUAGAGGUAGAGGUAGAGGUAGAGGUAGAUAGGUGGCUUGGCCUGGUCUGGGUGUUAUUACAUUUACCCACUCUUCUCUUCUCUUUUUAUAUGCUCAUCUCAAUCUCAAUGCUUGGAACCGUAUUUUAGUUUAAAAAUGGAACUUUGACUUUCUUGUUCAUUCAA